CCCAAAACCUAUUACCACACCUACUUAGAUAAAAUGGCGUCUCACAAGGUCAAUGAGCCAAUGAAAGAGCCACUGCUCAAAGAAGAUGAGAUGAAGUAUCUUUCUGUCGCUCAUCAAAAUGUUUGUGAUCUUCAUCUUAAAGAGAUAUGGGAUCAAUUGGAUAAGAUAUAUUCCCAGGGACAAGAAAUGGCUACAAAUGUCACUCUGAAUGAAUCUGAUUUUAAUGAUGUUUUGAAGAAAAUCAACGAACUAAAAGCUCUUAACAUGUUUGCUGCUAAACAUUAUUGUGAACAUCUGUUAAAAGAAUUUCCUCAAAUUUAUUCCAGUUCACCAUCCAAAGAAUUGGUUCUUUUGUACGAGUUAUGUGAUGUUUUGUUCUCGAUUGGUUCUUUCUCUGACGUCAUUGAAAAGUUAAAGUUUCUAUUGAAAAAGGAUUUAUCAACUGGUAUGCAAUACAGUGCCCAUCUAUUGCUUGGCCACACACACCGUCUUAUUGGUGAUAUUGAAAUUGCUGCUGGUUGCUAUGAGAAAGCUCAGCAAAUCUGUCCAAAAGAGGAAUGCAAUGACAAGUACCAGUUGACAUUUGUACACCAGCAGUUAUGUGUUUAUGCAACCAGCCAGAAUGAUAAAGCUCUUGAGGCUCUGAAGCCUCUUGUGACUUGUGAAGGUUUAAGCAUAUCUACAAGGGGAACCCUCCAUCAAUCAUUAGGCAAUAUAUACAGAUCAAUAGCUGAUUUUCAUAAUGCUCAAUUACACUUUAAGGAGUCUAUAAGACUAGGAAAAGAUGAGGGAGAUGCUUACAAGGUGGCUGAGAGAAAAGCUGAAUUGGGUAGGGUCUAUCGCUCAUCAGGGUGUCACAGCAAAGCACUGAAGCGCCAGAAGAGGUUCCUAGAGUAUUGUAUCAAUCAUGGGUACGUGUACAGUGUAGCUGUGUGCUGUGGGUAUAUUGGAUUCACGUACUAUUCAAUGGGGAAAGAAGAGUAUGCGAAUGCUCUGAAUUACCUUUACACUCGACUCCAAUUCUGUAAGACAACGUUAGAUGACACGGCAGGUUACAGGUGGUCUCUGAAUAACAUUGGGAAGGUGUAUUUGGGUCUUGGAGAGCAUGAGCUAUGCAUGAGUCUAUUUACUGAGUCUGGUAACAUUGCUAAAAGACUAGGAAACAAUCUUGGACUGGGCACUGCUUAUGGGAACAUGGGAUCAGCUUGUAGAGCUGUUGGGAAGCAUGAAGAAGCAAUAAAGUAUCACAGACUGUAUCUUGAAAUAGCGGAGAAGACACUGGAUACAGGAGGCAUUGCCAUCAUGCAGAAUGAACUUAUUUUAGAUCAUCUUUUCAUAUAUAACAAAGAAACUGCUGGUGAAAAGAACAAAGCAAACAUGGAUAAAGCAAGAGAGUGUGCCUAUCAUGCUAUUAAGACUGGACUAGAGGUUAGAGGGAGACUGAGUAACGAAGACGAUCUUUUAAAGAUUGGAAACUUUGAAAAGAACCAAUCCAAGACAUACUCUUUACUGCAGUUUAUUCUAAUCACUCAGGGUCAUCAUGAAGCAGCAUUACUAGUAGCAGAGUACAGUAGAGCCAGAGCCCUGGCUGAUCUAGUGACUAAGAAAUGGAAGCAUGAGGCCUCUCCUUUCCUUUCUAAUAUAUUGGACAUGUUUGACAAGGAAGGCAAUGUUUUCUCUGAGCAUGUGUCAAUGGAGAUAGCAUCACUUAGCGCAUUUUUAGGUGAGGCUCACUUGUUACUCUAUUCUAUUGUUGAGGAUCCAUUGAAAGGAGGUACACUGUUGUACAUAUGGCACAUUGACCCCUCCAGCUCCGUUCCUUGUCAUUUUAACAAAGUCCCUUUUAAUCAGUGCAGUAACAUUAGUACCGAGUCGUCUGUUUUCAAUGAGGAGUAUUUUGCUGGACUGAUGCGUGAUCUGGGAGCUACUAGUGAUGGAGUGAUAAAUGCAGUAGGACCUAAUGGAGCUAGAGAUAUUGUUCCUAAGAAAUCCAAACUGGCUGUCCCUGCAGCAGUGAAUAAUGCUGUAAAGUUGAAAGAUAAAUUUGAAGAGCUUUACGAGCUUUUAAUCCAGCCCACUUCUCUUCAUAAGCAAGGGAGUAAAGGCUCUUCUACUACUCCAGUCCCAAGUUUAAUUGUCGUGCCUCAUGGGUGUCUGUUUGGUGUUCCAUUCUGUGCUCUUAAAAAUCCCGAGAAUGGACAAUAUCUAGUUGAAAAGUUUAUUAUCUCAUUCACUCCAUCGUUAUAUCUGCUUCAGAUUACUACGACUCGUAAGACUGAGCAGAAAGGAUCAGGAUUGAGCCUUCUCUCAGUUGGUAAUCCUACAAUGCCUUUACAAGAUAUAUCUCAGUUACCUGGUGCAGAGAAAGAGUCUAAGUCAAUUAUGUCCAUUAUCGAUGGUUGUUUACUUUGUGGCAGUGAAGCUACUAAAGAGAGAGUCAUUGAGUGUCUUCCUCGAUUCUCUAUCAUUCAUUUAGCUACACACGCUAUACUUGAGAACUCUAUUGAUGACUUAUCUGAGUCACAAGGUACUUCAAAUGGUGAUUAUUCAGUUAAGGGGGCGAUCAUAUUAGCAAAAUCCAAUUCGUUGUGUAGUGGAGUACUGACAAGUAAUGAAAUCCAAGAUCUGAGUUUAAACACUGAGUUAUUUGUAUUGAGCUGCUGCAAUACUGCUAAAGGUAAAGUGACUGGUGAUGGAAUAUUGGGACUCUCUAGAUCACUGUUGGUUGCUGGAGCAUGCAGUAUGAUAGUGACACUGUGGCGUAUUCAAGACACUUCCACUGUCCUCCUAAUGAAUGCAUUUUAUACAGAAUAUAAGAAUAGUCGUGAUGGUCCUGCUUCAUUACGCAAAAGUAUGAUUUCAUUGAUUGAACAGAAUUAUAAGGUAGAACAUUGGGCUGCAUUCUGUUACAUUGGAAAAUGACAAAUUGUGUGUGUGUGUGUGUGUGUGUGUGAGUGUGUG